AUGUAUCAACUAGAACAACAACAAACAAUGUCACCAUAUCACAAGGUUAAUAUCAUUGUCGAUGAGACUAUAUCAGUUCACACAUUCCCCGAGUCCAUUGACACUGUUGGAGACUUGAAGAACUACUUAUAUCCAGAAGAAAUAAGUAGAUGUAAUAGAAUCAUAUUCUUGUAUAAUGGUAUAUCAAUGUUGGACUCGAAACAAUUAUGCACCUUUAGAAACUUCAUUGUUGAUAAGACAGCAACUACAACAACAACAACUAUUACACCAACAAUCAUCUGUAUUAUAAAGUCACAAUUACAAGGUGACCAAAUAUCAUGCGACUCAAACACUGAUCAAGACCCAUUGGUAUAUACAUGGACAACAAUUAGGAAGCUAUACUUCUUGUUGGCAGCAUUGUUCAUCCUACUAUGGACAUGUCGUAUCUUUGCACCAAAGUACUUUGAUCAAUAUACCAGUUUGAUGCUGGUUGUAUUCACUCUUACUUGGAUGUGGAGUUUCUACUCAUCAAGAAAGAGAGUGUCCAAGUUGAACCAACAUCAG